GCAAAGGCCCAGGAUAAACAAAUAAUUCUAAAUGCAAACAAACCAACAAACUCAUUCCAGCCACAAGCAAAGGCCCAGGAUAAUCAAAUAAUUCUAAAUGCAAACAAACCAACCAACUUAUCGCAGCCACAUAUGAAUGCUAGUACCCCUUUUAAAAAUGUGUUGGUAGUGCCAAAAAAUGUGGCAAAAAAAUAUGGAUUGCUUAACUCAGAUGAAAGUUUGAAAACAGCUCCAAGUGAUUUGCCUUUGCCACUAAAACCUGUUGUAGCUUCUCUAGAAAAAUUACUCUCAAAUAGGCAAAAACCUCUCAAUGUUCCACCAAAUCUUAAAGUACACUCAGCUACAGAAGAUAUCCCAGGUAGAUCUCAUCUCAAUGGAAUGACAACUUCUAUUUUGCCGAAUAAACAAGACACUACUAAUAAUUUUCAAGUCAAAUCAACAAGUGAAAUUGUGAAGAAACAAAAAGUUGAUGGGACAAAUAAAGUUUAUACUUCUACUGGGAAAACCAAUUUGGUAUGUCAAGGUUCACGAGUUUCCUCUUCAUCAAACUCUUUGCAGAAUGAGCAAAAACCCAUUUUAAUCAGACCCUCUCAAAGCUUUAGCUUGUUAAGACCUGAAGUUCGUAAUAAUAACAGUUUAUUAAAGCUCAAUGCUAGAAGUCCCAAUAGUCUUCUUAGACCUAGCAUAUCAAAUGUGUCUCAAUUGAAUGUGGUAAAUACUCCUAGGAAAUCUAAUGUUUAUCAAUUGAAUGACGUAAACAUGCCUGGGAAAUCAAGUGUUUCUCAAUUGAAUAUUGUAAAAGUUUCACAGAAACCUAUCGUUUCUCCAUCAAAUGCUGUAAAUGGCCCACAAACACCUAAUUUUUUAAAAUAUAAAAUUCUGAAACCUGGAAAUGCUAAAGUUGUAAUGAUAGUAAACGCGACAAGCUCUAGUCAAAGUUUUUGUGAAAAUAAUGCUGUUUCAAAGCACAACUUAAUUCAAGAACAUGCAGUGUCAAGUAAUAGUAUGCUCAAAAGCGGAUCGCUGUCAGUGCCAAUGAAAAAUAUUACGCCUAAUUUACCUAACGAUGUACAAAAACAAACUGUAACUCCUCUUGAACUUAUUCCCUCUAAGUGUUCUACCCCAAAUUCAUUCAUCAGACCAAAUUUGUCAUCAGGACCAAAAGUCUUGUGUGCAAACAAGGAAGAAAUCAAUAAAACAUCCGAGUUUCAAAUCACAAGUAAUAUCUCAGAAGACCAGACGGAUUUAAAUGAUUUGAUAGCAACAAAAAACAUUGUAACUCUAAAUGAACUGACUGAGGCUAUAUGUUUUCCGAAAACCAGUAUUCCAUCAAGGCCUAUACUUUCAAAUACCUGUAAAAGUGAAAAGAAAGAUAUCAAUGCUUCGUACUUGGAUUGUGGUUCAUCUUGCAGUAGUCCUCAUUAUGACUCUGAAAGAUUAUACCUGGGACGAGUUCAAGUUCAGAGAAAACACCUCCUUGGUGGGAGUGACCUAUUGAGCUCAACAGUGAACGAUCAAAUUCUCUACUACAUUCAGCAGUUGAGAUGUCUAGUCAACACAUGUACAUUUUUGGAGACGGAGUCAGCAGUGAGGUGGCUUGUCAGAGGUUUGCCUUUGGUCCACUCAGACGCUCAAAUGGUAGCCUACAAGACUGUACAUCCUUACUGUGCCUACUCCAGACAGGUCUACUGCUCGUGGUCCCCAACCAGACAGGCUGCAGCUGAGUGGCUCAGAGCCAAGACAGUUGUGAGGCUGCUGACAUUGCUACAAACCAAACAAGUCCUGACUGAGCUAGUGUGAAGCACUAAGACUGUAUAUUGGUGGUGUCGGACUCAUGGCUACUCUCCUUCAUUCUG